ACAUUUUGGAACUACUUUGUGUUGGCGGGUCCAGCCAUAUUGGUUAUUUUGUGCUAGGUUUCUGCUGUUCUAUUAGGUAAAGAGGGUUGUGCCGUUUUGUAUUUAGCAAUGUCUGAAAGGGAAGAUAACGUUUAUAAAGCAAAGUUGGCGGAACAGGCUGAGCGAUAUGAUGAAAUGGUGGAAGCAAUGAAGAAAGUGGCCUCUCUGGAUGUAGAGCUCACGGUGGAAGAAAGAAACUUGCUGUCUGUGGCUUACAAGAAUGUUAUUGGAGCACGGCGGGCAAGCUGGAGGAUAAUUAGCUCCAUUGAACAAAAAGAAGAGAAUAAGGGAGCGGAUGACAAACUUGAGAUGAUUCGUACAUAUCGUUCACAGGUAGAGAAAGAACUGCGAGAUAUUUGUUCAGACAUUUUGGGCGUUCUAGAUAAACAUUUAAUUCCCUGUGCAUCUAGUGGAGAAAGUAAAGUAUUUUACUACAAAAUGAAGGGUGACUACCACCGGUACCUAGCAGAGUUUGCUAUGGGCAAUGACAGGAAAGAAGCAGCAGAGAAUUCAUUAGUGGCAUACAAGGCUGCUAGUGACAUUGCCAUGACGGAACUGCCGCCAACUCAUCCGAUAAGGUUGGGCCUUGCGUUGAAUUUUUCUGUCUUCUACUACGAGAUCUUGAACUCUCCAGAUCGGGCUUGCAGGCUUGCAAAAGCAGCGUUUGAUGAUGCUAUCGCAGAGUUGGAUACUUUGAGUGAAGAGAGCUACAAAGAUUCUACAUUAAUUAUGCAGCUUCUGCGUGACAAUCUGACGCUGUGGACAUCUGAUAUGCAGGGCGAUGGAGAAGCAGAACAGAAGGAACAACUGCAAGAUGUGGAAGACCAGGAUGUAUCGUAACUUGCACUGUUAAGGUAUCUUCUGGACAGUGUUGAAUUCAACUCGUGAAACUGUGACCAUGUCCAAAGUUUCUGGCAAUAUUCAUUGGACAGAUGUUGAAAUAACCUUCUCUGCGUUGUGGCCCAACGAUGUUCAAAUGGGGUUUUGAUGGGUUAAUUUAAACUGACAACAUUACUUCAUCUGACUAUUUUACUGAGUAACACUUGCGAAACUGCAGUUUUCCAUACAAGUACCUUAAUAUUUUAGUACCUUUUAAGAGAAGAAUCACCACCGGUGCUUUUGGUAUUGUAAUUAUUGAUCCAUGUGGUGAAUUUUUGUGCAUUUUAUGGAUAUUUUGUGAAAAAAAAAGUUCUAAACUUUGUUUUUAUAACUUCAGCUGCAGUGAAGUAUUAAAAAAACUUGUGUAAUAAGUGUUUUUAUUUUGCUCAUUUUGCAUUAAUUUAUAAUGUGAAAAUGUUACUUUUGAGAAUUUGUUGGUUUACAUGUACAUAUUAUUCUUUUAAAGUUUUUAAAACUAUGAAAUAUUUUUGUCAAAAAGUAGCACACAAUUUUAUAUUUGGCUUAACCAUAAGAUUAAUGUAUAAAAUACAUUUUUGAAAUCAUUGCCAUUUAUUUUUGUAUGUUUUUUAUUCCAUUGUAAUUUACUUAUUAGUAAUAUUAUUUUAGGUUGGUUUUCUAUGUUUUAAGAAGCAAUAAUAUUAUUUCAUUGCAACCUGUAACUGUAAGUUCUGUCACAGUUGUCCCUAAAACUAUUGUUUUUUUUAUAAGGUACAGUUUCCAAAUAUGCAUUUAAGAGCAGGAGUUCCGUGUGGAUUUCAGAUGAAGGUUAGCUCUGUUUAUUAAGUUCCAUUUAGUGUGGAUGAAAUUUCUUAACCCUUGACUAUUAGUAAUAAUUUGCUGUGAACUUUGCAAUAAUAGUGUUGAUGCAGUAUUGUAGAAUUUUACUUUCUGCAUGCUGUGUAAUGUUAACACUAAGCAAUUAGUUGUUUCUUGAAUUCCAAGAAUUUUUUUAGUCGCUGUCAUGAUUUUUAGUUUUUUUUUUUUGUAAAUAAUUUUGUGCAAAGUGGUGUAAGAUUGUUUUUUUUACACAUAUUUCUCACUCAAAUUUUUUAAAUAUCAAAAUAACAUUAGGGUAGCAUGAUUAUUUUUCUUGCACUCAAGAAAUCUAGUGUGUGGUAAGUUAUCCCUAGUUCAUCUAAAUUAUCUUUUCAAAAUUCAAAAGAGUAGGUAUGCAAAAUUUGUUGUUCUUAUUUGUUUCUUAUUUAGAUUAUGCAAGUGUACAGUAGUUACUAGUGUACCAAAAUACAUAGUGAAAUUGUAUAGUACAUUUGUUGAUCACAUGCACACAUCAGUCUAUGGUAUGUAUCUAUUACAGCUUUAGAUUUACAGAUUGUGAAUAAUGCUAUUGGAACAGAAGUGAGCAGAUGAAAUCCAUAUUAUAACAUUCACAUUGUAUUUAAGUAUUAUGAUUAUGUACAAUACUGUAUCCAAAGUUAACACAAUGAACUACAGAUAUUUAUUGUAAAAUAAAUAAGUGUUGUGAAAAUUUACAUUUGAAAGUUACAUUCAGAAUUUUUUUCUGUGUAGAGAUUUAUAAUAGGUUGUAUUCUGGUACAUUUUAGUGAAAAAUAUUACUAUGAUAAAUUUUUGUUUCAACCCCAACAUUAAUAGCCAAAAAUUUAUUUUUUACUUAUUUUUUGAAAUAAAGACAGGGUUAAUUUAUUGUA